CAUCUGCGGCAGGCGCCACACUCAGGUGUAUUUCUUUCUUUCGUGCUUCCUGUUUGUUGUUAGAGUGGAGUAAUUAUUUCACAUGUAAACAGUAAUGUACUCGGAUUAAAAAUUCUGAACGUGCAGGGGGCAGUGCAGAUGGAUGCGUGCGUGGAAAAACGGGAGUCCGGAGGUGCUGCUGUCCUGAUGGUUGAGAACGAAGCAGAGAGCAUGCAGGGGGAGAGGUCCGGUGCAACCGACCACAAUUACUUGGACACCUGCCCCGUUUGCCAUUUAAACUUUCACAGCAGGGAGCCCAAACUUCUGCCGUGUCUGCACAGUUUUUGCAAGAAAUGCUUACCUUUACCUUCAAGGAAUUUGGAUGUGUCCGUCUCCAAGGGCGACAGCGCGACCAAAGCACUAAACGUGAUCCGCUGUCCGGUGUGCAGGCAGGAAUGCAUGGCGGUAGAUGUGAUGGAUAAUAUGUUUGUGAAGGACUCAUCUGAGGCUCCCAGCAGCACAGUGGCGAGAGCGGUCCAGCUCUGUAUGGCCUGUGACGACAACACUGAAGCUGCUGGGUUCUGUGCUGAGUGUAUUGAGUACCUGUGUACCACCUGUGUGGAGGCCCACCAAAGAGUCAAAUUCACCAAAGACCACAUGAUCAGACAGAAGUCGGAAGACGUCUGUACUGUGUCGAGUCAGAGGCCGAUGUUCUGUCAUACCCACAAACAAGAGCCACUGAAACUCUUUUGUGAGACAUGUGACCUGCUUACCUGUCGGGACUGCCAACUUGUCAAGCAUAAAGACCACAAUUAUCAGUUCCUUGAAGCUGCCUAUAAAAACCACAAAGAGCAUAUGGAGAGUAUGACUCAUCAGCUACAGGAGAAAAAGAAACUGAUAGAAGAGGUAUCAAACUCCAUAAACAGUGGACUUCUUCUGGUUGAACAGAACCGCACUUCUGUUCAUGAUGAAAUAAAGAAAUCCAUCUGUAGUUUGAUCCAUGAGAUAAACAAAAAGGGCAAAAUGCUGGUUAAUCAACUUGAGGCUCUUACAAAAGAUCACGAGAGUCUCUUGCAUAAACAGCAGGAAGACAUUGGCUAUCUAUCCCGACACCUGGAUCAUGUCAUCGACUUCAUCAAAUGGGCCACGGCCAAGAAUGGGGGCACGGCCCUGUUGUACUGUAAACGUUUGAUUCAGUUUCAGAUUGGAAACCUCCUGCGGGCAAAAUGCAGUGCCUCAUUUGUACCACAGAGCACCGUACGCUUCCAGUGUCGAGCCUCUUACUGGGCCUCGAAUGUUGAUUUGGGCACUUUAGUGGUAGAGAGUAUACCAGACCGCCAGCUGGGUGGGUUUCAUCAUCAGCUCACCCACACUCAGCAGGGCCCCUCAGGCUCACCCCACAGCCUUGCCCUGGGAGCUCCCUGUAGCACUCUGGCUCAGCUCCAGAUGCAGGUGGACAAGCUAACCCCCCAGGCUCAAUGGCAGCCCCAGCCAUCUCCUCCACCCUGGACAUGGUACCAAAGCAUCCAACUACAGCGAACAGUCCCAAGGCCCCUACAGAGGGGGUCUCCCUCUCACAGUUUGCCUCCAAAACCAGACCACAGGUUUAUGAGGCCUCUGCCCAACCAUGUUAGCCCAACUAGGAACCUACUGAGCCCUGGACUUUCUCCCCAGAGAGGAACAGGAAGUGACUCCAGCUACCAAACCAAGCCCAUGGAUGGAUUUUCCUCUUCACCUUUGUAUGCACAAAUAACACCAUUGCCCCUCAAUGGUAGUGUCAAUUUGCCUCAUUCACAACAGAGGAUUGAGCCUACAUAUAUGAACAGGAGCAAUGAUUCAGCUGGUCCAGUGUACACAGUGAAACCAAACUAUCCUCAGGGAGCAGAAACUUCCUUAUCAAGCACAAGUGUGCCAGGACAGCAAAAUUCACCAGAGUACGCUGCUGUAUCCCAAGAAAAAACAGGGACCGGUUCCUGGAAAGCCCCAAAAACACACCACGCUAGUGGAGCAGUGGGAUCUGCUGUAAAGAAGAGACAACGAUCAUCUCCAGGGCCAAUAAUUGUCAUCAAAGAUGAGCCAGAUGAUGAAGGCAGUUGUGUACAUCCCAAACAAAGAGCCAGCCUCCCCGACAGCACAGACGACCAACCCCAAACCCAUUCCCAAGGUGACGAUGUCCCGUCUUGUAUUCAAAGCAUAGACGACAAACCCCAUUGCUCUUCACAGUUUCCAAGUGAGCCUCUGGGCCAGAAUAAGACUAGAGCUCCAAAUCCCAUUCAUUCAGUGGGAGAACAGCAGCAGGAAGACCAAAAUAAAGCCCAACUGGAAGACUCUAAUGAGGUCUUAUGUGCUGUGUGUCAGACUACGGGGGAGCUGUUAUGCUGCCAUAAGUGUCAUAAAGGUUUUCAUCUUACGUGCCACAUUCCAGCUCUCCUCAAAUCUCCAAGCAGGGAAUGGUUUUGCACUUUCUGUCGUGACCUGUUAUUGCCUGAGAUGGAGUAUGACUGCAAACCUGAAGCCAAAACAGUAAAGAAGGAGAUGGAAUUUGAAGGAGCAUUUUCCCCUGUCGACAAACGAAAAUGUGAGAGACUGUUGCUGUACUUGUUUUGCAGUGAGCUGAACUCGGACUUUCAAAAUUCUGUAUCUCCCUUGGUACGUGCUGAUAGCAGUCUGACUACAAAGGGACCAAUGAGCUUUUCCACUGUGAGAAUCCGUCUGGACGCUGAGGAGAGCGCAUGCUAUCAGAGCCCUGCAGAGUUUGUGUCAGACAUCAGGCUCAUCUUUGGGGCCUUCAGUGAGUGCCAGAGUAACACUGAAAUUGCCGUAACAUGUAGGAAAUUUAAAGAACUCUUUGAAGAUUAUCUGAAGCUUAUCUACCCUGACCAGACCUUUCCAGAAAUCAAACAAGAGAUGAUACAGACUGCUUCACCUGACUGUCAAGACUCUCAGCUCUCAUCUCUUGACAAUAUGUCUCUACUUGCAAAACGCAGACGCACAUAUUCAGAUUCCCGGGACGCACCGAGCUGUUACAGUCGAGAAGAGGGUAUUGAGUUAAAACUCAGUUUUUCCUAACUACUUGGAUGUUUGCCAGGCAGCACAAAUAAUGUGUGGUGUGUACCACUUUAUUUAAAACAUUUGACAAUUGCCUUCAUGGUAUGAAAUGCAAUUUAUUUUCAAUUAUUCAAUUGUAUUGCAUGACAAGAAUUAAG